UUUGGUUGCUCGUAUCGCCCGACAAUUUCUCCCCGAAGUUGGAAUCUCCACCAGAGGAAAGAAGCGUAGAGGAAACCGCACUAAAUAAUGCGAUCAUUUUGAACAAAAUAUUGAUCGAGUCCUACACCUCGCUGAAAACGGCACGACUAGUUUGCCACUUCUGGAAUGAUAUCGUCCUCUCCCAUCCAAAUACAGGACUUGCGUUAAAAUUGGACGCCAAAUACGACGAAAAUAGGGACCCUUUGUCCUUCUACGAUUUAUUUUCCACAGUAGAUGGCCGGCUUGCGAAACAGGUCAUCACCACGCACGGUUCCAAGGUUAUGUACGACAUUACAUGCAAGCUUACACAUUUUUGUGAUAAAUUUAGCGAUAACGUGCAAAGUUUGGAGCUCUUAAUCGAUGACGCAAACUACUUCACAUGCAUCCAUAAAAUUUUAACUAAUCGCUGUCCAAAUUUGAAAAGGUUGCAUAUUUUUUGCAAAAUUGAUCCGAAUCUCGAGAACAUUGUGCUCCAACCGUUGCCCCCAAAACGAAAUUUGGUAUCGUUUGUACUCAAUUCUGAAAUGAAAACGCCGAUGCAGACUCUUACGAGUUUUUCUCAGCUUGUUAUCGAUGCCUCGCCAAAUUUAAGGGAGGUCACAAUUCCAUGGGGAAUCUAUCCCAAUUUCGAAAAUUCUAAAUUUCUCGCCUACUUAACCAUCACACUGGAUAACUUCGACGCAGCUAAGAUUGCGCGCUUUGACCCGGCAGCCCUGUCACGUGUCCUGAAUCAGACUAGUGGUCAACUGGUCAGUCUGUGCUUUGGCGAACACGAUUUACGGAAAUCCAUCUACGGUUCGAAAACCUGGACGAGGAAAGAAUUCCAGUUGCCGAGAAAGAUGCCGAAAUUGAGAAAGUAUCGAAACGUGCUGCUCGACGUUUUUCAGUGCGACGACGUCUUGGCAGAUUUUGAAAAAAUGCCCGCCCUGAAAACGCUCGUAAUUGGGAAGACAGAUUCAACAAAUUCGGUAUGUUUGCACGAAUUUUUGCAAGCUGUUGUCGACGCGGGGAAGAUUUUGGGGGGUGUGAAAACUUUGAAGAUCUUUGAGAUACAUGACGUCAUUUUUUUUGAGGGAUUGAAGACUGCGUUUCCUAAUUUGGAGAGCUUGGAGGUGGACACGUGUACUAAGAAGGAUCACUUCUUAGAAAAAGAAAGUGGGAUGAAGUUGGGCGUGGUUAUGAACGCGUGUGGUGGGUGGAGCGGGCUGAAACACUUGGAAUUAGGACUGCCAACGUAUCCAGAGGAAGUUAAAGACGUCCUUCAGACUAUGUUGGAUGGCUUGAACUUGUGUAAAGGUUGGUAACAUAUUUUUGAGAUUGUGAGGGAACGUCCAUAAAUGAUGCAAGGGAAAAAUUCAAAUUAUUCCAACCCUCCCUCCCCGCCUGUCGCACGUUAUAUCGCCUUUUAAAAUGUGAUGUGGCACAAAUAGGCCUGUCCGCAAAACACCCCCCUCAGGGGUAACAUAAUUUAUUGACGUCCCUUUAUUCAACAGGCAACAUGUAUGCAUGCAUGUACCUCGGACCUUCCUCUGGCUAAUACAUACAUCUAAUUCGACAUGCACUCUAAAAAACUUGGUUACAAUUAUAACCAGAAAGUAAUAAGUAAAGAUAUAUUUAUGAAU